GUUGUGUUUAGAACGGCUUCAUGGGUGAUCUGGAAAAAUCGUAAUGAUUUUGUUUUUUCUGAAAACUCAUUUCCUAUUUCUUAUCUUGUGCAGCAGAUUCAUCGGCGCUCUACGGAAUUUUCCUCUGCUAUGAGUAUUCGGUGUUUUAAUUCGAACCCAGUUAGCUUAUGGAGGUAGGUUAUGACGAAAUAGCUUGGGGCUUUGGUUUGGAGGUUUUUGUUUGGGUACUGGACUAUUAUGCUCUUAACAGGCUUCAAUAAUAAUAAUACAAAGAAUUUGAUUCUACUAAUAGGAAUAGGAUUCCUAUUCCUUCUCUUACAAGGAAUAUAUUUUUAGAUGCAUAUAUAUAGCCAUUCAAAGCUAUAGAUUUAUUCCUUCCCACAUUUAUUUUACAUACUGAAACAGAGUAUGGGUGUUUCCAAGGAUAUGAUCAGUCGGGAUAUGGAACUGAAUGAAUUGUUGCCAAGUGAAUUAGGAGAUGUUGAUAAAGAUAUGGAUACAUGUAUCCUACCGUUCGAUGAGAGUUUCUUCAAUCAACUUCUAGAAAUUGAAGAUAAAGAUACUGAAAUUAUUGAAUUUGAAGAUACAACAUUACCGAGUUCUAGACUCAUAGAAGGAUUUGAUAUUCUUGCUGACCUUUAUGAAAAUUUACCCGCAGAAGUUAUAGAAAUUUUUGGUGAUCUUUUUGCCGAUCUUUUUGCACCUAUGCCCUUGGAAUCAUCUGGUGAUCCUGAGAUUAUCAAGAUUAUUAAUAACUUGCCUUCUGAAGAAACGUUCUUCAAAGCACUCAUAGAUUAUCAUCAUGAUGAUAUGAACAAGAACAACAAAGAUCAUCAGCAACAAUACACUAAGGAAGACAAAAUUAGCCCUUCAUAUUGAAAUCUUCUAGAAGUUUUUAUCUUCAAUCGAUCAAUUAUUUCUCGUAGGGUUUGAAGUUUCUUGGUUUUUUUUUUUAUUCUGUUGUUUGCUGGUAUCUUUCCAGUGAUGUGAAGUUGUGUCCAUGUGGAAAUUAUUCUUCUUAAUUUUUUCUAAGUAUUUUUUUGGUAAAUAUAAUAGUUCAAUCUGCGAUUCCUGUAUUAUCUCACAAUCAUUUCCUUACCAAUGGUGAGAGACAGAGAACAAUUCCUUGGAUGAUGCUUGUAUUAUUUGCAGGUCUAGUGUGGAGACUUCUUCUAGUAUUACUAUUAUCCGCCAUGACUGUUUGGAAUCUGAUUGUACUCCUAUUUUACGAGCUUCCUUGGGUUCUUUUAAAUCUGCAGCUUCAGAAAAGUAUAGUUAAUGGAGUGGCUUGGCCGCCUUGGAACCAUCUUUCCUCUAGUUCAUGGUUGUUUUAGUUGCUUCAUGAUGCUGUCACUGUGAUAAUGUGAUAAAUAUCUUCGUCCUCAUCCUCGAUGGUGUAAUAGUUAGCUAGGUUCCUUUUGUUUUAUUUCUCUCUACUGAAAAAAAUUUAUAUA